AUGAAUCCUUUUUACAUUCUAAUAACAUUAGUUCUUAAUCUGUUUAUCACUGCGGUGGUUGCAUUUGUACCUACAAGUCGCUAUUUCCAGGACAGUGUCGUUAUUAGUAAUAAAAUAUACUACUUUGGUGGUAUCGGUGUUUCUGGCAAAGGCUCUAAUGAAUUAUUUUAUUUGGAUGCUUCUUCAUCAUUAAACAUCGUAAAUCCUAAUUGGACUGAUCUCACAAUUAUUGCGCCUAUUCCUGUAUCUAGUGCUUUCUCACCUUCUUGCGUUGGUGGGAUCAAUAAUGCUACUAUUUUUUUAUUCGAACACCGUAGCACAAAUACUGUUAAUUCAACUACUUUAGUGACCUUUUCCUUUGAUACAACGACUCAAAAAUGGCUUAAUACAGCAACAACAGGUGUUGCACCACCAUCCAGACAGGAAAUGAAAGCUGUUACUGAUAAGAAUGGUAGAAUAUAUAUUUCUGGUGGUUUUGAUCCGUAUACAACCCAGAAAUCUUACAAUAACACUUACGUUUUGGACUCUAUGAGUUUAUCUUGGCUUAGUAGUUAUCCUACUACAGAAAUUGAUAUGACAAAAUUAUCAAUUUAUAAUACGAUUUCUGGAACUUGGUCUUCGGUGGUAGUUGCUGGUAUUGGAGGCACGCUUGUUGUUGGCGGUAUAGUUGCAGGCCUUGUGGGUUUUAUUUGUUAUAGGAAAUAUCGUAGAGAUCCUGAUGAUGAUCUUUAUGUUCCUACUCCGGGUAGUAUGGGUGAUCGCGAACAUCACGAAUAUGAUGAACCAGUUGAUUAUGUUCCUACUCCAGGUACGAAUAUUCGCGAAGCUAGAUACAGUGUUUCCACCCCUUCCCCAACUAUGAAUCGGUACGGUACUCCUUCUUACGUCUCAAAUACGAGUUCCGUAUAUGAUGCUCCGAAUUUUGCGUAUCAGUCUGGUGCUCCUGAUGCUACAUUCAUUCCUUCUGGUAUACCCACCCCAGGCAAUUAUAACCAAGGUGCUUUUACUCAAGGUCCUAUCCAGGGUGUUUAUAAUCAAGGAGCUUUUAUUCAAGGCGGCCCUACCCAUGGCUAUGCUGUCCAAAAUGUUCCUACUGAUGGUAUUCCUACACCAGGUACACGUUCCAUAUAUAGUAGUUAUACAAAUAAUUCGUAA